UGUAAUGAUGGAGGCUGGCGAUAGAAACAUAUCACAGAGAUUCGUCGUGUUUGAUGGCAUGCAUUUACCGCCAUUUGUACCUCUAAUGAAAGAUGCAAAGAAAAGAUUCGAAGAGAUCAGGGACAUGGAAUGCAGAAAGGAUGAUGUCAUUAUUGCAGCAUACUCUAAGUCAGGAACCCAUUGGAUUUGGGAAAUAGUUUGCAUGCUUCUAAAAGGCAGAGCUGAAUAUGCUAAAGAAACGAAAGAAUUUCUGUUCUUGGAAGCUAUUCCGGACAUGAGUGUUGUUCAUAACCUAGCCUCUCCAAGGCCGCUUAAUACGCAUUUUCCCUACCGUUGGUUACCGAAACAACAUGUGCAAAAUGGUGGGAAAAUUGUACAUAUCAUCCGGAAUCCCAAAGAUGUUGCGGUUUCACUGUAUCAUCAACUCUUACAGAGUGGCUUAUUUAAUGACUUCAACUUUAAAACGUUUCUGGAUCAAAUGUUCCUAGGUCCAGCAUGUCCCUUUGGCACUUGGUUCAAAUACGAGAGAGAAUUUGAAGAAGCCGAAAAGAACGACAAAUUCGGCUCAAUACACACAAUUCACUAUGAGAAUAUGAAAAAGAACCCAGAAGAGGAAACAAGAAAAUUAGCCCAAUUCUUGGAAGUGAACACAACUGAGGAACUAAUAGCAGAAAUUGUAGAUAAAUGUAGCUUUGAUAAGCUCAAACAGAUUGACAGCUCAUUUAAAGACCAAUCACAUUUAAAGAGGGUUAUUGGAGCAGAAGGCAUAAAAGUGCCAGAUAUAUAUCGCAAAGGAAAGAUUGGAGAUUGGAAGAACCAUUUCACGGUGGCUUUAAAUGAACAGUUCGAUGAUAUUUUCAAAGAAGAAAUGAAAGACUCCUCAAUUCAAGUACAGUUUGAAUAAAAAUAUUCUUUAACUGAAAAGAAGAUGGUAAUCAUGAUCUAUAGUAUGAGAAUUCAACCUUGCAUCUCAAUUCCGAAACUGUUUGUACAUUUGACCCCGCAUCUCAAACCUGAUUGUUUGUACAUUUGUCCUCGCAUCUCAAACCUGAAUUCUUUGUACAUUUGACCUUACUUCUCAAACCUAAAUUCUUUAUAUACAUUUGACGUCACAUCUUAAACUUAAUUGUACAUUUGAAAUGUAAUUAGCUUAAUCUUAUUACGUAGAUGAUUAAAACACGAGAGAUUUUGUAUAUUUUUUUUUAACCUAGAAAAUUUAUCGAUUUUGAAACUUGAUAAAUUUAAUUAUCAGAUUUAAUUUUAUAAAAAUAUAGUGUCUACAGAAUGUCGAUAUACUGGCGAGUGCAAAAUGUGUUCCAGUAUACCUGGUUGAGAAUUUAUGAAAAGGAAUUACGGUAAGAUGAGAAUUUCUAGACGAAAUGGAAACUUGGCGUUUGUGAUUUAAUUAAUCACAGUAAUGUUGUUAUUUUUAAUUAAUAAGCUAUAAUGCAAAAUACAGAGUGUCUAUA